UAUUUUGCUAACUGAAUAGUAAUUUUGCUCUGUGCUUGUGAGAAAAGGAAGAAAAGAGGGUCGACUAGUGGAGUGCUGCUGGGCUGGAAGAAGGGUACGAGGUACUUUUCUAUUAUUAUUGUUCGUACACUCUGCCCGUUUCCACCUCCUUAUCCUGGCGAAAGGUUGAACGGUUAAAAUGGAGGCGGAUAGAUCCGGCGGAGGACCAAACCCGAACUCCGGAGGUAGCAGCGGAGCGGGGCGCAACCCAAACGGGCCCAAAGCAGCACCGGGCCCGGCGACAUCAGCUGCGGCGGCCGGGGUGAUGGCAGCAGCGGCAGCGGCAGCAGCCGGGGCCAUGCCCGGAUCGUCCCAGGCUAGGGAGCUACAGGACGGGGACUCGGGCAUGUCGCUUCCUGGGAUCCUACACUUCAUCCAGUACGAGUGGGGACGCUUCCAGGCCGAGAAAUACCGCUGGGAGGCAGAGAGAGACGAACUCAGGGCUCAGGUGGCGUUCCUUCAGGGUGAGAGGAAGGGGCAGGAGAACAUGAAACAGGACCUGGUGAGGCGGAUCAAAAUGCUGGAGUACGCCCUGAAACAAGAGAGGGCUAAACACCAGAAGCUUAAGACGGGAAACGACCAGAGUCCCGGAGACAAGAAACCAGAGACAGAGGCAGACCAACUUCCCAAUGGGCCGGCUGAGUCAGACUCUGAGCCAGCCAAUCAGAUGUCCUGGAAGGAGGGACGUCAGCUACUACGCAAAUAUCUUGAGGAGGUGGGUUAUUCAGACACCAUCCUGGACAUGCGGUCUAAGCGUGUGCGCUCGCUGCUCGGGCGGAGCAGCCCCGAGGCUAACGGGCCUGCCCCCAUUGAAAGCUCACCUGAGCCCGAGCCUCGGGCGGGGGUGGAGUCGCUGUUGGUCAGACAGAUAGAGGAACAAAUCAAGAGCCAACAGAACAAGACGCAGAAAGGAUGUCUAAAACGGAGGGCAUCCUCCACCAUGACAACAUGGAACGCGGGCAAGGAAAACUCUAAGGAACAUCUGGGCAGCUCGGUGCUCGAUAAAAUCCCCUUCCUGCAUGGCUGCGAGGACGACGAUGAAGACGACAGUGACGAGGAAGAUGACUUUCAAGGCAUGGCCACUGACUGCAUUGAUGGACCGCGCAAGAACAAAAAGUCCCGUGUAAAGUCGGAGCCCAUGACCACGGACCUGGACCCGGAGGAUGAGGAGGACGAAGACGACUCGGAAGAUGCCCUCAGUGAAUUUGACUUCCUGGGCUCGGGGGAGGAUGGGGAGGGGGCGGGAGAGGCCCGGAUCUCGGGGGACGGACGGGAGCUAGAGAACCGCAGGAACAAGUUACAAGGCAUGAUGUCGGACUUCCCCCCUAAACCCAACCCGCCCCCCUCCGUAUCGGGACAAGCUCGCUCCGGGGAAGGUGGAGCCCUGGGUUUUUCCUCUGACGUCUUCAUUAUGGAUGCCGUCGGGGGAGGGGACAUGAACCUGGGUGAACUGGCUGAUCUCACCGUUGCCAAUGACAACGAUCUCUCCAUGGAUAUGCAGGAUAACAGAGACGAGUUUAAGAAGACAUGGAACCCUCGUUUCACACUACGCAGCCACUUCGAUGCCAUCCGCGCUUUGACCUUUCACCCCAGCCAAGCAGUGCUACUCACAGCCUCCGAGGAUGGAACACUAAAACUGUGGAACCUCAACAAGUCCAUGCACUCUAAAAAGAACGCAGCAUUGGAUGUUGAGCCCAUCUACACAUUUAGAGCACACAGUGGAGCUGCUCUGUCGCUCUCCAUGGGCGAGGACGGAGAAUCCUGCUACAGCGGGGGUCUGGAUGGAGCUGUCAGAUGUUGGAAGAUGCCCGACCUCAAUGUGGAUCCUUAUGAUAACUACGAUCCGGGCAUCGAGAGCAGUGUACUAGUCGGUCACGAGGACAGCGUGUGGGGUCUAACAUUCUCAGCAGUUCACCAUCGUCUUGCCUCAUGCUCAGCCGAUGGCACCAUUCGCAUCUGGGACCCUCAGAACUCAGCUCCCUGUCUGUCUGUCUUCAAUAAAGAAAGAGAGCACGGCACACCCACAUCAGUAGCAUUUGUGGCCACUGACCCCAACCAGGUGGUGGUGUCAUUCGACGCUGGAGAGACACUGCUCUAUGACCUCAACGCGGAGCAAAGCAUCAUUGCGCUAGAGACACAGACCAAGGAUGGCAGUGAGCUGAUCAAUCGUGUUGUCAGUCACCCAUCUGAGCCCGUCUCCAUCACUGCCCAUGAGAACCGCACCAUCCGUUUCAUGGACAACAAGACAGGUAAAGUUGUCCACUCAAUGGUGGCUCACCUGGAUGCCGUCACCUGUCUCACUACGGACCCUAACGGCACUUACCUCAUCUCCGGCAGCCACGACUGCUCGGUGCGCCUGUGGAUGCUGGAUAACAGGACGUGCGUGCAGGAGAUCACGGCUCACAGGAAGAAGCACGACGAGGCCAUCCAUGACGUAGCCUUCCACUCUUCACAGCCCUUUAUCGCCAGCGCCGGCGCAGAUGCACUUGCCAAGAUCUUUGUCUGAAAACAUUCUGCUGUCAUUCUGAGUCCUACAUAAACAACUGGGCGAAAAGAGACUGAAGACGAGAGAACACAUUUCAACUGCUUACACACACACAUACAUACAUACAUACACACACACACACACACACACACACUUUUCCUGCACCCCACUGGUUGGGUCAUCGCCACAGGUCGUCACCUCCCUUCAAUUACUCACUAUUCUCUGAUGCCUCAGUGACUUCUUGUUAUACCAAUCACACUGCUUUUUUUUAUAAAAUCCCAAUCGCUCUGUUUCAAAUAAUAAUCUUUGGAGAAACACUUUUUCUACACUACAAUAUUCUGUUCUUUUGAUUUUAUUUCAUUCAACCUUCCGACGCACUACUCACAUUUCACAGAGAAACCACAGCUUGCACUGCACAUCGCACACGAUGCAGAAAUGCACCUCAACAUUAACAAAUUGCUUGUGGCUAGCAUACAUAUGUAGGCAUGACUAAUAACAGUUAAGUUUCCCAGUGUGGGCGGAAAACACCUGCCCAACAUCUACAUUGGGAUUCAAUGUAUUACAUUCCAAAGACUCCAGGUAGAGCGUGUGUGGUGGCAAUUUUCGAGGUUGGAGAAUGUUAAAGUUGUCUAUGAUGUGAGGAAACAUUAGACAGUUGCUAACCAGUGUUGAACAAAUAGCUUUAAUUUCAGCUUUAUGGCCAAGUCUCAUUGUAUGUCCGAGUAUUAUAGCAUCCCCAUGAUUCAGCCUCUAAUUAUGUGUGUGUGUGUGAGAUAAAAUGACACUGCUGUACAAGAUUAAUGAACGUAACUCCACAAUCAUGGUACAUUUCUACAGAUGGUCAGUGUGAACUCUGCAGACCGAUGCUCUCACACCACAUUUACUAGCUACAGAUGGGUAUCAUACAAGUACAGUUCGUGUCCGCAGAGAUACAGGGGUAGUGAGGCCAGUCUGUCUCAACAAAUGACGCCGUUUGUGUCAUUUGGUGCUUUCCACUGAACACUGUAAGAGUGCGUGUUUGAAUAUGCACUAGUUAAAUCACGGUGCUAUGAAAGACCUUGUCAGUCUUGAGUCAGAAUCAGGGACCUACUUUGUGUGUACAUGUGAGAAAGAGAGACUGUGUUUCUCACUCAACGGGCUAAAGAGUGAACAUGCUUUUUAAAUGACAUUUCAUUGUUAAAUCAUUUCAAUACUUGUGGUCUGAUUUCAGAAUUGAAGUUCAGUGUUCAUUUCUCUCAUUGAAGGUUUGCGAGUAAGGUUGGCAGUGAUCGUUUCAGGUUUGAGGAGAGCUGAUGAUAGUUGCAUUAAGGAAAAUGAUUCCUCAGAUGAGAGCUCUUCAGAUCGUCUUUUUCAUUUCAUCCUGAAGUGAGUGCCAGUAUGUAGGCAGUGCUUGUUUCUGGCGUGCUGUAAUUUAAUCAGGCUUUUAAAAAACAAAGUUUGACAUUACCUUCACUUGUGUGUUGAGGUGAGGAUCCCUCGUGUUGAUUUGACGUGCAUCAGUAGCACAGUAGCACAUUUCCCAUGAGAGCUAAUGAUGUGAAGCUGGUCUCUUUCAGAAGAGGCAUGCUGGGAGAAAUAGCCUCAGGAGGAGAAAGAAAAGGUCCCUUUUAAAAAAAAAGAUGAGUUGAUUUUUACGAUGUGUGGGUGUCAGUUUAUAUAAGUAACAUGACUCAAAAUCAGUCUCGCCGAUGUGUUACUGUUGCUGCUGAUGUUGAACAAAACUCAGAACAUUUGAUUUAGGUGGAAAACAAGUUCCUUUGAGACACUCCUCGUCUAUCUGUCUGUCCUGUAGUUAUUUCUGAUAACUGCAGGACACUUGGUUUGCUUUAGGUAAGAGUAGCCCUUUAAGAGCUGACCUGACUUCAAAUUACUUGAGUCAUUUUAUCUUAUUGUCUUUAGAGGAAAAAUACAAUUAGAUGUUCAAUCAGUUGGUUAAGGGGCAUCCUCCACAUUUUUAAGACUACAGGGUCACACUACGGCUCAGAGUUCAGACCCAAGGGUUCAAUGUUGCCUAGAGGUAAACACUCUGUUCCUAUCACUUUGGACAAGAGCAUUCAUAGUUCUGAUUUGGUAGAGUGUGCUGUUCAAGAUCUGGGUUCGACUAUAUUAUAGUACUGCUGCUGGAAAUAACGUCCUAUUAUCACAUUAAACUACUUUUUGGCUCCACUUUGCACUACAUCUAAGUAUGGAUGCUUCUGUUGAAGAGUGGUAACAGACAGGGUGCAUCAAAUCAUGUUUUACAGGCAAUUACUUUACAUUAAGGAGUAAAUACUACAAUGGUUGAACCCGCUGUGGCUCACAGUUAUUGGAGAGUGAGAGUAACUGAUGGCCCCUUUCUCAGAAUAAAGACAAAUCAGUAUGACACAUCAAAAAAGAAAUUGAAACAGAAGUUGUAAAUGAUGACUAGAGAUGCCAUUACGUGCUGUAAAUGUCCAUCAUUUCCUUGUUUUUUUUCUUGCAUUUCUUUUCCUUGAUUAUGAAUAUGAUUAUUAAGAUGUAAGAAUACUGUAGUAUCAUAAGUGAAUCAUUCUUCCUGGCUAGGCAGAGAACUUGCUUGUGAUUGAUAAUGACAAUGUAUAACUUGUAAAAAAGCAAAAAUGAUUAAAAAACAUGAAAAAUUCAGAAAAUAAGUUAAAAAAAAUCUGUUACCAGUCAGAGGCCAAGGUAAAGGACUCUCUUUUCUUUGUGUUUUUAUUUUUUUAUUAGCAAUUUAUCACUGUGUGAUAUUUUGUACAUCAUAUUAAGCUGUAUUCAAACUAUUUCCUCUAACUACAAGGGAUAAGAGACCUGCUUUUUAUUAAUUUUGUUUUAUUAUAUAUUUUUGAACUGCAUUCUAGCUUGUAUCAAAUGACUUUCUCUUUUUGUUUACGGGUCCCCUGUUGUAUGUCAUUAAGGAAGAAAAAAGCAAAAAAUGAAGUUUUUGUACAGUGAA